CUUGCUGCAAACAGUGCUAGGAGGAUACUGUGCAGGACUAAAGGCGGCUCCGAUCGCCGGCACUACCGGCGAGGAUUGUGGAGCACGAAUGGCCUUCUGCUUUUCCGACUUGAAUCCGGAUGAUUUGGCCACAGCAAGCAAGACUACCUAGAGGAGAAUGUUUAUCAGCUGAUGGACUCCCACGUAAAUUUGUUCCGGAACAUUGACGUUGUGGUGGCCACAGGGACGAACGAGCAAACUGUGACUUGUCUGUCCAAUUUGCUGUGGAAUCAGCAAAUUCUGCAAAUGGUGUGCCGACUGGUGGGAAUCUACGGUGUGGCGAGGCUGCAAGUCAAGAAGCACUGCGUCGUGGAAUCCCAUCCGAAGCCAGCAGAGUAACCUCCGGCUGGAACAUCCCAUGGAGGCCCUGAAAAAGCAUAUAUGGACGACACGGAGGCCACCUCGAACGAAGGUCCCCUGGCGGGUGGUGAUGUACAAGCGCCUGCAGGAGUGGGUCACGCGUCACGGUGGACGAUAUGCGGCGAACUACCGGGAGAAGUCCGAUCUGAGGGAUCUGAUCCGCAGCAAGAUGACCGCUGAUGAGGAGAAGGUGAGCUGAGGUGGAGCGGCGAUGGGGAUUUGACAUUUCGAUAUGUAAACAUGCCAAAAUGAUGGCAGGGCUGGGAGCCUAUUCUCCACACUGAAAAACAUCUCCACAGGCCAGGGGUGUGCACACUACUUCGCACGGUGAUUUUAAUUUCAAAUUGGAGAGAUUUUUCGAAUUUUCAAAAAAUUGUAUGAAAAUCAGGAAUGCAUAUAAAAAAAAUUAAAAAACGGCAAUGAUCAUUAAAACCAAUUGUCUUUCGAAGAAAAAUAUAAAAAAGGGGGGUUAGGUCAGACGGGAAUGGUCUAUUCCACCUUGAAGCGACAGCUUGAAUAAUUGGCGUGGUUCAGCUUUUAUGUGUAUACACAUUGAAUCGGAUACACGCAAAAAAAUAUUCCCGUUAGAUGUACGUGAAUCAUCACGUGAAUUGAAAUUUGUGUCCCUUAUUCCUAGUUUAUCUGAUUCCGAUAAAAGCUUCUUACUGAUUCGUAAUUUCUACGUGACAUUCCCAUCCGAGUCACAUAUUGUCAUAUCCAUGCUAGGUGAUUGUUACGUAGCAGUUUAGCGUAGUGUAACAUAUUGACGCUACGUGACUUUCCAGUGUGAAAAAACUAUCAAAAAAUCAACAUGGCGUCGGACAUACUUGCAGACCUGGAUAUUUCUCGCGAUUUGCUGGACAUUUUUGAGCAGUGUGAUAUUGGACUUUACGAGCUGCUGACGCUGUCUCUGCAGGAUUUAAAGGAGUAUUUGGAGCAAACGGGAGUAAAUUGGUCGUACGAGAAUCUUUUCGAGCGUAUCACGUCGUGGAGGAAGCGAAACAAAACACAGAUAGCACAACUGCUGCUCAGCGGAAGCUCACUUCAAGAGCCACCGGAAGCGGCAGCUUCCAGUUCACUGCCGAAAGCCGACGAGCAUUUUGAAAUCGUCACCGAGAUCAUUCUGCACCCGGAAUCCCAACGCGAGGAAGAACAGGAAUCCCAACCCGAGGAAGAACAAGGAGAGUCACAGCAAGAAGAAAAGGAGGAAUUGCGAGAAAAAAGUACCGACGUCGAAAAUAGCCAGCCUGAACCUCUUGCGGAAGAAAGAGUACAGUCGCCGUUGGACCAAUUGGAUACUUCGCAGUCCGAGAAAACUAAUACAGUGGCUGAAGACGUAAAUAAGCAUUCAUCCCCAUCUGUGCAGUCGUACCCAGACCAGCAAUCGCGGCCAGAUACAUCAAGGCUGAUAACGCUUAACCCUGAGUGGCUUAACGGACUGCUGCUUUCGUCCGAGAAAGGAAAGGAUAUUUUACGCAGAUCGGAGCAUGGGGAACUCUCCGAGCCGAAGCAGCAGCAGUUGGCAGAAAUAGUGGCCAACUACCAUAUUUCGUUACACCGAAACCUGCGUUCUGAGGACCUCGAAAACUACAGCUUGGCCAUAACAACGUUAUUCAAAUCAGAAAAGAAGGUUCGUAUUACAAUUGAUAUUAAAAUAAUCGCUUAGAACACUAAAAGAAUAUUUUUUAGGAAAGUUAUUACAUUCCGAGAGGGGGAGACCGCAAAAACCCUGGCGGCAAAAUAGCCAACAAGAUCGGCAACCUAAAACAAAAGAAGCGGAAGGAAGAAGCUAGAGAAGAUGAGCACGUGAAGAAGCUGAAACCCAGUUCCGCCCCGCAAAAGGUUCAAGCGGUAAAUGAAGGAACUCAGUGGCUGAUCCUGAACGUGCAACCGUGGUCAACAGUGCUGGACAAAUGGCCAGUGAGCUUCAGCUUCAGGCAACCGCUGCUGCAGAAACAAAAAUCGGCUGCUAAAUUAUUGCAGAAGUUUCCGCACUAUAAAGAGGAAUUCGGAUACCAACUGGUGAGUAUUUAUCUAAGGGAAGAUUCAAAUAUUACGUCCAUCAUUUUUCAGGAUUUCUAGACCUCCCCUCUGUCACGCUAUU